AUGGAGACGGUUGCUAAUGCUAAUAAUGUAUCUGCUCAAAUUGCUGGUAUUCCUACUCUGACUGGGACGAAUUAUGCCAUGUGGAAAGAGAGUGUGGAAAUUGUUCUCGGUUGCAUGGAUUUGGACCAAGCACUUCGGAUUGAGCGACCCAUUUCCACUGUGGAAAACCUAAAUACGGAUAAAAUUGAGAGGUGGGAUCGCUCUAAUCGCAUGUGUCUAAUGAUCAUGAAACGCUCUAUUCCGAGCGGAUUUAGGGGCUCUAUCACUGAGAGCACUGAUGCUAGAAAGUUCCUCACUGAAAUUGAGCAAUUUUUUGCUAAAAAUGAAAAAGCGGAAGCGAGUAACACUUUGAUGAAACUCGUCACCAUGAGGUAUAAAGAAAAGGGGAACAUAAGGGAGUACAUCAUGGGAAUGUCUAAUCUCAAUGGGAAACUCAAGGAACUAAAGUUAGAGCUUUCGGAAGACUUGCUCGUUCACUUGAUUCUCAUAUCACUUCCUGCACAAUUCAGACAAUUUGUGAGGAAGAACGACUAA